AUGGGCCGCUUGUCGGCACCUGGUGUUUUCAAGUACCUCAUGCAGCUGGCCAUCGGCCUCUUGGUUUUCCUAUUCCUCGGCCAGGCUUGGACCAUGCCUGAAGUUUCGGAUGCCGUGGGCGCGGGCCUGGAGGUACUCCAGCUGCCCCUUAGCGCGAGGCUGGCCGAGGCGGCCAUGGCCAUCCUCUCCGUCGGCCUCGUUACCCUGACCUACACGAUCCUCAUCCAGCGCGGCUCCCUCAUGGCCACGACGAGUCUGUAUCCGCGACGGCCCAUCGAGGCAAACAUUGGCACACUGCUGAACGCGGCCUGGCCCGCGUCGGCCCAAGACCCGGCGAAGGCCGCCUCAGCCUCCCAGGGGGCAAGCGGCCAUGCCAUUAAACUGUUCUACAUCGGCAAGAUGGCCAAAGACGGAGGCAACGGCAGGGUCGCGAAGGGCCGCAUGGAAGCCUCGGCGGCACCGGAAGGCGAGGAGCAGCGACGGGCCCUCUGGCUGACGUCCGGGUCCGCCCUGACAAAGAACGUCGCCCAGCUUCUCGUGUGGGAAUGGAUGUCGCUCUGGCUGGUCGUCCUCAUGCUCAUGGGCACGCUCCUCUUCAACGGCUUCCUCACCGGUAACCUCAACCCGGACAGCUUCCCGCGUCUGACCAUAGUCAUCCUCUUCGUGGCCGCCUACGCGGUGCAUUUCUGCUACGUGUGGAUGGUCUGCCUCCGCUUCUUCCGCAACGUCUUUGGCGGGGCCGCGUGGAGUUUGCUGGAGCGGGCCAACUUCGUCGUGGCUGAGACCAACAAGCUUCCGCGGCACGCGUCCGGCUCGUCCUUUUCCUUCCGCAGCAUCGACAAGGCCAGCGAUUCGUACGUGCCGACAGUCUUUACCGCCACCUUCGGCAGCCCCGACGCUCCUUCCGUCGUCGACCCUAUGCCCUCCCCGCCCGUGCCUCUCAACGAAAAGUUGGGCCAAAUCUCCUCCUCGACCACCCUCCUCCGGAGCCACGACUCCUUCUCUUCCGGCGCCCCAGAGGAGGCCAGCGACCAGACGGAGCUGCGCGCCGCCCUGGGCACCAUCGCCGACACGCAGAGGGCGGAGCGGGCGACGGCGACGGCGGCGUCGACGCUAGCGCUCGACCGCGUCAUCGCCAACACGAUGCUCGUCAUGGGCGUGACGCUGUCGUCGGGCUUCGCCGCCUGGACAUCGGCGCAAAUGACCGAGAACAGCCCCAACAACACGGCGACGACGCAGAUCGGCAGCCUGGCGCUGCUGGCGUCGCUGGCGCUCGGCACGGCCGCCAUGUUCACCUCGGCCAUGCACCUCGAGAUCAUGGGCACCGCCUUCCGCAACAUCCUGUCGCUCAAGGAGGUCAAGAUCAACGGCCUGGCUCUCGACCACUACCGUAAGCGCCGCAGCGGCGUCGUCGACGUCCCCGGCGGCGGCGGCGGCGGGCAGAACGCGUCCCUCGCCUUCACGCAGGGGACCGUGGGGUUGGCCGAGGUGGAGCUCCGCGACAUCUUCCGGACAAACACGCAGUCCCAAGGGCUGGGCGGCCUGCUCGGGCUGGCCAUCUUCGGCCCGGCCUACGCGCUGCUGCCCAAGGUGGGCGACCACCAGCGCAAGUCGCACCAGAUGGACUUUGACUUCUUGGCGACGGUCGGGACGGGUCAUGUGCUGCUCACGACGCGGCCCACGGACUCGCAUGCGAGAACCCCAGACGGCCUCAACGUGGAGGCGAUCAACGUCUGCCAUGCUCCUGCAAAGAGGUAUGGGACACAGCCUUGCUAG